UCCCCACCUCCCGCCACUCUCAUUCCUCGCCGUACCGAGCCCCGGGCGCCACCGAACUCCGCUCGGUACCGGCGGCAGAGACCCCCCGGCUCCGGUGACUCCCGGCCAAGGCCAUGGACCCCAAGGAGCGCAAGAAGAUCCAGUUCUCCGUGCCGGCCCCCCCCAGCCAGCUGGACCCCCGCGCCGUCGAGAUGAUCCGCCGGAGGAGGCCCACGCCGGCCAUGCUCUUCCAGCUCUCCGAACACUCCUCCCCAGAGGACGAGAACCUGCCCUACCAGCGCUCCUCGGGCGAGGGCUGCCUGCUCAAACCAAAGAGGACCAACCCGUGUGCCUACACCCCACCCUCGCUCAAAGCUGUGCAGCGCAUCGUGCAGUCCCACCUGGAGGAGAGCGGCCUGGGAGGGGGGGACAGCUCGGACGGGGAGCCCGAUGAUGGGGAGCACGGCUGCGACCCCGACAGCGGCCUCGAGUCUGCCCCGGGGAGCCAGGGCAGAGAGAGGAGCUACUUCCCCGCGGGGCUCAAGGCGCACAAGCGGAAAGGCGGGCAGAAGGUUUCCUUCGCCGGUGGCAUCGACGAGCGCGAGGAGGACCUGAAGGCACUGACAGUGUCCGAGAUCCCCGAGGACCCCGAGGGCGACGAGGGUGACGAGGAGGAGCUGGGGCAGGAGCAGGAUGGUGGCACCGGGGAGCGGCGACACGUGGGCUUCUCCGAGGUGCCCCCGCGCCCCAUCGGCACCGAGCGCCACUCGCCCACCUUCCCGCUGGGCACCAGUUAGCUGGCACCGGGACACUGGGACCCGGCCCCCCCCCGCCAGCAAACACCCCCCAAAUCCGGCCCCAGCAGCUUCGCCUGUGCCCCCCCGGCCGCCCCCCUGCCCGCUGCCUGCGCUUCGUCUGCCGUGUGCCGCGCCGUGCCGUGCCAUGCCGGGACAAACUGGGCCGUACUGGGCCAAACUGGGCCAUGCCGGGCCAUGCCAGGCCCCUCCCCAUCCCCUCCCCACGGGCCUCGUGCCACCCCCAACCCCGGCUGCCAGGGCAGGGGCUGGGGAGGGACCCCACGGGUGCUGGAGGGGUCUGGGCCCCCCCAGCCCCCCCUGGGUCCUCCCCCCCCCCGGUGCCCCUCGAGCAGAGCCCCCCGCCCGCAAUAAACGGCUGUACAGAGGA